AUGGAUGAUCUUACAUCAUUCCUCAUGUUCCUUAAUUUAUCAGUCAAGACAUCACUGAUAACAACCAAAUCUGGCCCAUCAUAUCUCAUCAACCGACUUGUGAACAAGGUGAAUGAUUAAGCCAUCGAUUGUAUCAUAGAUAAAUUAAGGAACAUAAGGAUUACAUUGAGCAAGGGCGGACUGGGAAUACAAAUCAACCACAUUGAAACUGGAAAUUCAGCCAAAAAUAUUGAAUGUCAAGAGUAUAGUAGUAUGAUCCACAACUAGUAUUUAUGUUUUUUAGUUUUUAAUUUUUUAGUUUUUUUUGAUGUUUCCACUCACUUUUUUUUAAUUACCUACUUAGUUACAAUUACUAUAGAAAAAAAAAGUAAUAGUAAUAAUAAUUUAUCAACCCCAAAUAAUCCAAUCAGCUCAAAUUGUUGUCAGUUCAGGCAAAGAUCACCCACCCGCCACCCUAGCCAAUCCGCUCCUGACAUUAAGUAGGUAAUAGGACUGAUACGUGCAACCGGCAAUUUAUUAUCUUUAUUCGUGUAUGAAACAUAAACAAAUUGUACUUAUUUUAAAUAUUUAUCAUUAUAAUAAUUUGUACAGAUGAUACUGUUGGAUUUCGUUCAACGAAUGAGAGUGGAAAAAUUCUUAUCCGGUUACCUGUCCGUUUACGAGCUCCAUAAAACUUGAUCGACGACAUUAAGAACUCUAUGAUGACGCGUAAUACUAUAAUUUGACUCUAAUAUAUAGUGUAUAUUUAAUGUCGUUUUUUUUUUUUUUUUUCGUAAAUUAAGCUUAUGUUAUUUUUUUACGGUUUUUUGUGAUUCAUAAUAGUUAUAUACUGUACUAUAUGUUAUAAUAUUAUUGUGUUGAAACAAUAAACCUAAUAACCAUGUAGAUUGCUAUUUAUAUAGUAUAUAAUUGAAAUAAACAUACAUUUUUUUUAAUAAUUUAGUGUAUUUACUUGCUAUAGUAAAUAUAAUUACAAAUAAAUACGUAUGUAUAGGUUAUAUCAGGGGCGCAUCAAGAGGGGGUGGGGCAAAAGAAGCAGGUGAUCCAGGUGGCAAGAGUGGCGAAACUUUUAAGGGAGUCAACAAAUGAUUCGAUAAUAUCGUUUUCAAUAUAAUAAAAAUAAAAUAUUCAGUUAAAUAAAUAUUAAUUAUUUUAGUUUACGAAUUUACGAUGUCACUUGUCGGAAUAUCUGAAAUCGUAAUAAAAUCUAAUAUUUGGACUAUUAGAUACUUAUUGGGAGAGAACACUGGGAGUCAAUCAAAUGUAUGGGUACACUAUGAGUUUGAAAUUAAAUUAAUAAAGUUGCUAUCUAAAAAUGUAUUUAUAUCUAUUGUAAAAUACGAUACGUGUUAAAUAAUUGUUGAUGUGUAGUAAGACUCUAGAUAGGUAAGCAAAUAGUUAUUUUGUAAGUAUAAUAAAAAAUUGUUUGGGUUAUUUACUUGUAAAAAAUAGUGUGUACUGAAUUAGGGGUGUCAUAUUUAUGUUUGCUCCCAUAUACAUUGUCACGGCCCUGGGUUAUAUACCUAUAUAAACAAUACAUUGUAAAUUUGUAAUAUUAUCAUUGUCUCAAAAGUCGAGUUUAUUGAUUACUCGUGUAUUGUUUUCUCCGAUUAUUUUGAAAGCCUGGUGGAAAAUCGAAAAAAUGAUCUCUUUAUAAAGUUGUUUACAGACAAAACAAACACACAUCCCUCCCUUUACUCUGCAUCUUAAUAAUAUUAUAUAUAUUUAUAUAUAUUAUGAAAACUUCGUGUGUGUUUCCGUAGCAACGUAUUGACGAACUUCUUAUCGAUAAAACAUAAAACAAUAUUAUAAUAUCUUAGUGGCCAGUCUAUUUGGUUUGGUUAAAGUAACAUUAAAAAAAAAAAAAAUGGUAUGUAUGAAAAAUUGUAAGUUUAUACUGUAACUUUUAUAACUAUGAUUCAUUUUUUCUCAAGGCACCGAAAAAAAAAUCCAAAGGAGGCAAAGGGGGCCGGACAAGUGCUGGAAUCGUGGACGGCGUGUCCAUGGCCGAAAUGUCCAGGGAUCAACUCGAAGGGUUCGCGGCUCGUAUGAAAAAGGAACUCGAACGUGAACGGGAAGAACGGAACUUUUUUCAACUGGAACGGGACAAAGUAUUGACGUUUUGGGAAAUCACUAGGCACGAACUGGAAGAAAAUAGAGCAUCGUUGAGGUAUGAAAUAAUAUUUAUGAUUAUCGAAAGUAAUAAUAAUAUGAGUAAUUAAUAAAUACUUAUAAUAAUAUUAUCGUAAUAUUUUGCAGGAACAAAGACCGGGAGAUCGAGGAUAUCGAGGAAAAACACCAGGACGAAAUCAAAGUUUACAAACAAAAAUUGAAGCUUUUGAUGUACGAACAACACGUCCACCUUUCAGAAGUGCAAGUAUGCGUAUUAGUUUAUGGUUUAAAUUUUUUUUUACUUACGUCACAUCAUUUUAACUGUUUGUAUAGGCCGAGAAUAUGGUUUCGUUGAAAAUCGCCAACGACGAGCACAUAAAAGAAGAAGACGAUUUGGUGAAAGAAAACGAUGCGCUAAAACAAGAAAUCGUGGAGAUAAAUUUGCGACACAUUGAAGAGAUCAACAAUCUCCGAUUGGUAAAAUAAUAUUCAGGAUCUUAUGACAAUCGAAUAAUACUUCCGUUAUAAAAUUUCUUUUUCCGGAAAAACAAAAUACAGCUCAGGAAGAUAAUAAUGAAUUUAUUCCGUAAAAUUUCCCGUUGUAUGUUUUUGAGCAUGUUUAACCUUUUUAUGAUUAUUUUGACCCUGUGUGAAUUUUAAUAAAAAAUUUCUACAGAAAAUCGUAACUUAGGAAAUUUCAAUUGUCAAAAUAACUGAUUUUUCACAAACCGUUUUUGGUAUUAAGAGAGUUGUAUUACUUAGAGUUUUUUUUACAAUAGUAAAAAUUCUACGAUUUUUCACCUUUUAUCAAAAAUUAUAUACAUUUUUUUCCUUUUUAUUUGAAAUAUUUUUAUUGCAAAUUUAAUAAAAAAAAAAAAAAAAAAAAAAGGAAGAUACAAGUUCAGUACAACAGCUAGAGGCUACAAGAUAAAAAUAGACUAAUACUAGUUCUCUACUAUUUAGUUUACCGAAUUUCGUUCAAAAUCAGUUUCUGAUUGAAAUGAUUUAUCAUUGCUUUCAAUAAUAAGUAACUAAAUUACCUUAUACUCUUUGGUUAUUUCACUUUUUAACACUUACAUUAAAUAAUAUUGUUAUAAUGUAAUUUUGUUUCAGUGCAUUAAGAUCUUUUAACAAUACCUAAAAUACCUAUUUCAAGAUAACGUUUAAUGUUUCCAAUGUCUAUAGGAACACGCCAGAGUUAUGAGACAACUUAAAGACAGGUUUAUCAUGGACUGUCAAGCGAUCGAAGGUAAAUACCAGAAACGGAUGGAAGACUUGAGGAAUCGUAUGGACCUGAAGAACAAAGUGGAAGUGGCCGAGACGGAGGCGAGAAAGAACAAGCGGAUAGCCGAGAUAAUAGAAGACCACAACAACGCGUUCAACAAUCUAAAAGAACAUUACAAUGACAUAACCGUUAACAAUCUGACGUUAAUCGGUAGUUUAAAGGUUUCGUAUACUAUAUAACAUAUUUUAUUGUACCACGUCAACUGUACGUAAAUAUUAUUGUUGUCCCACGCAGUGUUUUGUAUUCGAAAAGAAAUCUUCUAACCGCCGUCGUGUUAUUAUGUGUACCGCAGGAAAAGUUAUUAGAACUGAAAGAAGACCAACAGAGGGCGGAAAUGGGCUUAAAAGAAGUGACAAAAGAAAACGAGUCGUUAAGAGGCCCGUUAAACGAAGCUCGAAAUACCGUAGAAGAAUUGACGCAAAAAAUGGCCAAUUACAUAAAGGACAAACAACGAUUGACGGCAAGUUUAUCGCACAUACUUAAAAUAUUACAAGAGUGACGAGAAAAUGUCGUAUAUAACGAAUUCUUCUGAGUUUUUCAAAUAUUUCUCGUGCUCGCGGCAUAUUAAGUAUAAUAUUGAGAAAUGGUUUUACAAAUAAUAUUUCGUUUUUCGACGAUUGAUCGAAUUACAACGUAAUAAUGUCUUUAACAUUCGAGUGGUUAAAUAUUUCAAGUACGCGUCAUUUAAAACUAUUGAUUCUUACAUUUUAUUUCCAACAGUCGUUGAGUAGCGUUCGAAAAUAAAUCACAAGUACCAAAUCAAUUAUUAUUAAUUUGUUGUAAAAUAUGAACACUUUCCUGUGGCAAUAAUAUUAUCACGGUUCAAUAACCGUCCGGAGUUAUACUUAAUAGAUGAUUUUAAAUAUUUUUUACUAAUGUCUCCACAGGUCCUCACCAAAAGAUUGAAACAUUCGAUCGAGAAAUAUAAGGAGCUCCAGGUGAAUUAUGACGAACUGAAAAUGAUUUCUGAAAAAGUAAAAAUUGCGUAUGAUAUUAAAUUAACAAGCGAAUUUAUCUGUAUAAAAUAUAGUAACCGUGUGUUAGAUGCAAACCGACUUGGAUAACACGAAUGACGAGUACACGGAAAAAUUAAUGCGUCUGCAGAUGGAACACGGGAAAAAAUUGCUAACGGUCGAACAUCGACUGAAACGAUCGAGAGACGUGGUAGAGGAAAAAGAAGCGCAAAUAGCACGUCUGACGGCGGCCACUUCAAUGGACACGUCCAUUGCUAUGGCGAUGAAUGUAAAGACCGAGGUAAAUCAUUUACCUAUUAAUUUUAAUGUUGUAGAAGUGUAGAAUGAACUGUAUUUACAAAAUAAAGAUUUAUAGAACACGAGCAACUGAAUAUAAUAAUAAUGUUCAUAUUCAAUUGUGAAAAUUGAGCGUGUAAAAUGAUUUCUGGCUUAGGGUUGAAAGUUGAAAUCCUAAAAUGAUUCAUUAUUGGUAUUUGGUUUUUUGUACCGCCGUACGUAUAUAACAUUAUAUCCCCUGGCCUAAACUAAAUAAUCUAGGAUAAUUUCUGGAAUUUAGUCCUGCACAAGAGUUAAUAAAAUAUACCUAAUGUAUAAUAUAAUAGGUCGCAGUAGCGCAAUGAUCCCCCCCCCCCAUAAAAAAAAAUAUGUUUGUGAGUUUUUUAUGAAUUCUGCGUAGCACUUAGUUGUAUGAUUCGUAUACUGAUUUGAAAUAUAGUGUUAUAACACCGUGUAUAAUUAAUAAGUGAUAAUAGCUACGGCGCGGUUUCGGUUAUAACGGUGGAAACUCGUUCGCGCACAUAUUGACAUAUUUUUUAAAUUUACGAUAACUCGUUCGCGCACAAAAUUGUAAACAAUGGAAACCUGCAGUUGUAGGUAUAGUUUUGGGUGUACAUGGUGUCUUAAAGUAUAUGUGGUUCAAUAGUGGUUUCCCAUCAGUUGUCAAUGUUGUCAUCUGUCAGUAAUACGUUAUAAUCGCUCUUUAUUUCUAUUUUUUUUAAUCUAACACUAUUUUUUUUUAAAAUUCCUUUGAAAAAAAGUUUCGUUUGUUCGCAAAUUGUGCGCAAAUGAGUUGCAGCUGGUUAUAAUUACAAGUCGGGUAGCUACAAGUAUAAUAAUAUAAUAAUAUUAUUGUGUCAUUAAUUCAAUGGUCUAUGUUAAUAACUUAUUACAAACAUUUUCAACGUGUAGUUUUAUGUUAUCAGCGUGAUUUUAUUAUCAAUAGAUAUAUCAGUAUAACUAGAUGGCAGAUACUAUUAAUCUUAGACUGUAAAUUAUUAUUAUUAUUGUAUCAUAACUUAUGAGUAAACUAUAUUUAAAUACAUAAUUAGUACUUGUCUAAAUUGUUUUCCAAUAUGAGUUGUCUAUAAAUUAAAGUUAAACAAUUUAAAGAUUUUAAUCAUAAACUAAGUUAACCUUACCCCCCUCACCCUGUCAAACACCACCCGAAAUUGAACUUUUUUCAAAUUCAUAACCCCGACCCCUCUCGAAAAUACAUUUUUGUUGCGCUACUGAUAGGUCGUAGAUCCGCUUGCAAGAGAGGUAGCUGCCCACCCUGCCACCUUUUAGGGCUGUAAACAAGCUUGUAGUUAUAAUAAUUCCUUAGAAUUAAAAAACAAAAAUUAAGAAAAUUAAUUUAUGAUGAUAAGUUAUCAUUGAUUAAUAAAUGUUUAUUUUAAAUUGUUUUUAGUAUGCUUACAGUAGCUACGGUUAAUUAUGUUGUGUCAUCUGUGAUUUCAGGCACUCUUGGCCAAGAAAAACAAACAAAUUGAACAGAUAUGGAACGAUCUUACAACUGUGACGAAAAAGUAUAACGAGCUGAGCGAAAAUUUUAAAUGCACGCUACAGAGUCACGGGAUACAAUACGAACACGAAAUUUUUGAAUUGGUCACCGCCAAGAAAGACGAAUAUUUCGAAAACGUUUGAUUUUUGACACGCGAUAACAUGACGCGGUCGUUUAAACACGUUUGUUUGCCUAUACAGAUGUAUUCAAGGCGUUCCGGUCUAAUCGAUAAGUCGUAAUAUUUAUUCAACUAAACCGCUCCACAAACUCACAAAUUCAUAAAAAAAACGGCUCAGCUUUAACAAUUUUAGCUCUGAAAGUCUCGAUAUAUUUUGUACGACUAAGUUGUUAUAUUUUGGAAAAUGUGAAUAUCUAAUAAACUAUUUUUUGUGUAUAACUGAACUAAAUUUCCGAAAAACUG